AUGUACGAGUGCGUUUAUGGCUUUACCCCCUUCGCCUGCGACGAUCGCCAGGAGACGAAAAUGAACAUCAAAAAUCACAAAAAGACACUGCGAUUUCCCAAAUGCCCGGGUUCAGGACCAAGCCCGCUGGCAUUGGACCUCAUGAUGCAGAUCCUUGUGGAGAAGGAAAGGCGUUUGUGCAGCAUACGAUAUCAGGCGAACGACUAUGUGAGGAAAUUCAACGGUGAUAAACUUCUGCAAUGUCGUCUGAAUAAAGCGCAUCCGGACUAUCCCGGCACAUUUGUCUUAUCAAACGACGCAGACGAUAUCAAGAGCCACCCAUUCUUCAUGGGAGUGGACUUCAAGCGCAUGCACGCCUACACAGCCCCACAUGUGCCGCGCGUUAAGCAUUCCCUUGACACCACGUGGUUUGACUUUGAGGGACCCGUGUCUGACCUUGAGCCUGAUUCAAGUUCCGAUGAGGAGGAUGCUCACAAAGUCCGAGGUCUGCACAAGCAGGAAACUCAGAAUAUCACAUCAUCCUGCCUCAUGGACUUAGAUUCGACACAAGCUCGAGAGGCUGUUCUCCCAAGUAAUGUGCCAUGCCAUUGGCCACCAUCCCAAAAUUCGCUUGUACCCACAGUUGUGGAUUCAACUCUCCAAUUUGAUGGACAACUUGAGAGAAUGAUGCCGGUGGCUCCCAAGGAGAAAAAGGAGAAAAAGCGACCUAGAGACAUCAUCCUUAGAGAUCCAACUACUUCAAAGCAAGCCAUGAGGAUUCGCAAAGCAACUGCUUUCCUUGGGUAUGAGUACCGAAACCCCGUCGACAUCAAUCAAGUUGUGAAGGACGCAGUCAAUAAUUAUGAGGUUGGAAAGGGGAUAGAAAGACAAAAUGGUGACUCCACAUGUCCCAUUCGAGUCAGCGCGAGCACGAGCACACCACACAAAUUAAUUGGCCAUGCCCAUCCAAACAUCCAGAUCCGCUCGUGA